UCAUCGUUGAUUAGAAAAAAGAAAUAAUCCUAAAGAAACCUGCAAUUUUUUAAUUUCCAUAGCUGAUAUUAAUGUUUGGCCAAACGUCUUUAUAAAUUCAUCAAUUAAUUAAUUUAAAAAAUUCAUGUAUAAUAUAAUUAAUUUCAAGUUUUGCAGUUAAUAAUUCGUGAAUUUAACCAGCCGAUUUUAAAAUAAAGAGAAUUAGAAAUGAUGAAAUCGAAGUCGCAAAAAGCGCCUCAUAUCACGACUUCUCUGCAUUUCUCAUCUCAGGAGAUGCGAUCAUGCGAUAUCACUCAACCACUCAGCUGAACAGAACGAGUUAUUUUGCAUCACGCAGUUUAAACUUGUGCUUGUGCGUUGUGCGUUUCCUAAACAAAACCAAGACCGAUGAGUUAGUGCAGCUUAGCGUCAUUUGCGUUAAACGUACAGGUUAGGUCGCGGUGACAGCGGCUGACCGGAGGAAGGAAAGAUGCUCAAGAUACUGUCGCUCCACGACUUCGAAGGCCCGGUCUUCGGCGACACGGCCGCCGUCGGUUUGAUCGGGGGCGUCAUCCACUACUGCUCCUAUAAUGCGCUGCAGGACGAGAUGCAGCCCUUCGCCAAGUACCUGCGCGGUUAUCCCGAGGUCUCGGUCACGCAGGAGAUCCUGGCGACACGUGAGACCGCGCGCGCGAUCAGCGCCGGGGAGCUGUUCCUUCCCGUUCAUGACAGCAUCUUCAAGAAGGUCGCCAACGUGUGGAGGGAAAGAGGACUCUCCGAGGCAAUCCGCUUUGCUGCAGCUGCAGACCCGGAGCAGAUCACGAGCGUUGCACACUGGAUAGCAACAAGAUUGAAUUGGGUAUUAGAUCUGAUGGACAGAGGAAUAUAUCACAGAGACGUAUUGCCGACGUCGGGAAACGGAUCCGUCGCCGAUAUUGUCGCUACGCGGGACUGGAACAUAUCGCUGGUAAGAUGUCUGUCUUGGCAUCCGCACUGCGCUCGUCUGGCUGUGGCUAUGAGGGACGACAGAAUUCGCAUUUUCUCGCAAGGCCUACUUGGUGUACCGGUGCUGAGACAUAGCGCACAAAAAUCAGUUUGCUGUUUAAGUUGGAGACCGCACGCCGGUCGUGAAUUAGCGGUUGCUUGUUACUCCGGAGUAUUAAUUUGGACGAUAGAGUUGGGAGCGGCCAGUAAUUUACUUAGCCACGCAAUACUUUUGAAGCAGAGAAAUCACGUACCCGUUACAAAUGUUGUAUGGCAUCCACAGGGUGAUUUGUUGGCGUCUUGUUCACCGACCGAUUUAAAUAUAAUAAUUUGGAAUGUGUCGAAAGAGGAAGGAGUUCCUCUAAAACGUAUCGGUGGAGGUGGUAUAUGUUUUACGCAAUGGUCGUCUUGCGGCUUACGAUUGUUCUCUGCUUCAUGCAGAAACGUUUUUAGGGUUUGGAAUACUGGCGUUCCGACGCCGUGGCGCGCGGAGAGGUGGACUGUGCCCCAGGGUCGGGUAGCAACCGCAUGCUUCGGUCCCAAUUUAACGUUACUCUUCGCUACUACCGGAGAUCCCGCUACGAUAUUCUCACUGCCAUUGCAAGAUAAUAUAUUUGAUGUCAAAAAGGUGACCAAUAAUGAUGUGAAAAUAGCUAUGCGUCUGAUCGAUUUAACGAAAGUAAAUUUUACAUCGGAUGAUAAUGAUGACUAUAUCACGGUGGGAGGAAGAAUAGUUUCUAUGGAAUGGGAUCCAACGGGAAAAUAUCUUGCCAUUCUUUUCCAGGACAGUCCAGUUAUUGCUUUGGUCAAAACAAACCUAAGUCGUUUAUCAUGGAUAGUGGAAGCGCAGGCGAGCUGCCUCAUCAAGGGUUUCCCCGGUGAAGUCCCAAAUUGCAUUAAUUUCUACCAAAAACUUUCGUCGUGGAUUUGUUUAACGAUAGCUUGGAGCAGCGGACGCGUACAGCAUUUCCCGAUUGUAGAAAACGAAUCUAAGGUCGAUACCAGCACACAUUCUGCGUUAUUACCGCAAUCAGUGAAAUCAAGUGGGUUGUACAGCUUUGAUGCCUGCGGUUACAAGCAACAUUAAAUUGUUAUAAUACUAAUGAGAUAACGAGACAGUUUUGUACGAUUUUUCUAUUUGCAUUUGUAAAUGAUAAUAUUAUGUUAUGGAAGAAAAAUUUAAUAAACUUAUUUGCAAUAAAA